AGGGUUUAUUCUUGACUCUUGAUUCCAUGAUAAGGUACGGUUUAGGAAAUUACAUUUAAAUUACUUUGAAACUCUGAAGCGAUAGAGUAGCCUAAUAGGCUAUAUGUAAAAUUAUUUUAUGCACUUAGGUGAAAAUUGUUUACAUUUCUUUGAUUUAUGCACAAUUGAGACAUGCAUAAACCAAAAAUAAUUCCUUUUGUAAAACUUACUUGGCAAUAAAUAUCUUUCUGAUUCUGAUUAGGUUUUAAAAUAGAUAUUUAAUUCAUGGUAUGAACAAUUUAGCUGAAUAAAUUGAUGAAGUUAGACUUUUCACUAAUGCCUGGCUACAUCAGUGAACAGUGAAAGACAUCUGCAACAUGGCCAAAAUCUUGGGUAGGUCUAUACUUUAUAAUUUUUUAUUAAUUUGCAACCAUGGUAAUAGCCUAUCAUAAACAGGAAAAUCUCUGUUUUGACCUGAUCAGAAGGAUAAACUAAAAUCUAAAAGCUCCUCUGGUUUCACAGCUGCACUGGCAGAUUUAUGAAAUAUUUAGAAAUAUUUCGUCUUUCUGCCAUUCCAGGAAAUGUCAUUUUAUGUCUUUCAUUUUUUUCCAACCUCGAUUUUUUUUUUUUUUUUUUUGACUUUUUACAUGUAUAAGGGAUUAAUUUGCAAUUGCGACCUGUACAAAUGUUUAAGACAGUAAAACACUUAAAAAAAUGUAAACACAUUAUAAAUGUUAGAAAGUAUAGGUUUUCACCAUUGCUGUGUUCAGGAUUUUUUUUUGGGCGGAGCUAAAACGGUGGCUCGAUGACGCACUGGAGCCACUGAGCUCCUGGCCCCUCCCCAAACAACAUAACUAGAGCACACAUUCGCGUCAGUUCGCCGUUCAAUCGCGAGUUUCUGUGGACUACCAUCGUUUAAAAUGUUGGCAAGAGGCGAUGAGAUAUUUGGUGCGCUUCCAAACAGGUUCUAGCGUUGAAACGACGGACGAUGACAAGAAGAGAAAGAGAAAGAGAAUCUCAAAUUCCAAGUACAGACCCCAGGCCUCUUCUGAUGAAGAGGAGUCUAGUCUUCCAGAUGCACCAGCAGUGCUGUCGUUUGGACAACCUCUUUUGAGCUUUGAAAACAUUGUUCCUGGUAACAAGGUUUCAGUGCUGCCCGAUGCUCCAGAAGUUGCAUCGAUUCCAGAAAACCAGGAAAAUGUUGUGCCAUCUGUAGACUUCAGAGGUGAACCAGGUUUCUCCCCAGAAAUUCAGACUCCACUUCACAGAGCCAAGAGUUUGAGUACAAGACACUUGACUGGUUACUCGCCGCAGCAGUUUCUGGAUGAAAGGUGUCGAGCUCGUCAAGUACUAAGCUUUACACCCCCAGCAGCAAAUUUACCCUGGCAGCAUAUGGGUGAAAACGCUGGAGGAGAAAGUCAUUGCUCUGUAAUUGGCCCUUGGACUCCCCUGGCAUCUCGUGUACAGCAUGAAGUUUUCAGCUAUGAAGAUUUCCAGAGACUCCAGAAUGAAAAACAAGCCGUGAUGGAGGAGAACCAAGCCCUUAGGGAGGAGAACCAAGCCCUGAGGGAGGAGAACCAAGCUCUGAGGGAGGAGAACCAAGCUCUGAGGGAAAGCACUGCACGAGCAGCUUCGGAUGACAGCGGCUCACUUCAAGAGCAGGUGAAGCAAGUUGGGACAAUGUUGAAGACGUUUGCUCGCACUGGGCAAUCAGGUGCAGAUCAGACCUUAAUGCUGCGACGUCUUGGAGAGUUUGGCGUGAAGGCGGAAAAAGGCGCCGCACAGCUGAGAGGGACCCACAGCCGACCCCUUAAACCUAGGCUGACUACUGACAUCCCAGCAUCACUGACAACUGGAACCCUUUCUUUAUCCUGCAGUCAGUAACAUCAAGACUCCUAAAGAAGCCAGAAGUGUCAGACUGCACCCCCCAAUCCACACUGUUCACUGUGGAUAUUAUCAUAGUGCUUAACUUAUUAUAUUGUUAAAUAUAGCUUGUAAAUCCUUGUGCCACAGGUCAGCAUUGCAGUUAUAUCUGUUCUACUACUUUUUUUACCUCAGUAUUUUUUAUAUAUAUUUGAAGAUGUUUAUCACAGAUACAAGAGACAUCUUGUACCCCAGGUCAGCAAUGCCAUUAUAAUGGUCUAUUCUACUCCAGAGCUUUAUUCUAAAUUAUUACCACUUAUCUUAUUGUUAGAAAUGGCUUGUAAAUGUGAUGUUAUACCUGAAUUUUUUUUGGUGUCCUGCACAUUCUUUGGUACCAGAUAUACUCAUUACUUAUGUUUACUGGUAAUUCUUUUCAUGCCAGAGCUGACCUCUUUAUAUUAUUAACAAUUAUUGUAAGUGUUAUAAUUUGCUUGAAAGCUAAGGCUGUUUUUUUUUUUUUUUUUACAAUUUAAUUGGAAACCUGCAUGUGUGUGUGUGUGUGUGUGUGUGUGUGUGUAUUUAUUUAUUUUUUUUUUCUCUUUUUUUCUGUUAUUUAUAUUUCAGGGAUCUGACAUCAUGUUUCAAUGACAGUUACUGUACUUUGAAAUGUGGAAUUAAAACGUCAAAUGGAAA